UGAAGAGUGUAGACGAUUUUCUAUAAUUUGCUUUGCAGUUUUAAUUUUGCAUACAUUCGUAAAUUUUGCGUAUAUCUCGCUUUGUUCGGAUCUAAUUACAUUUAGCUUAUUUACAUAACACAUGCAUUAAGAUAUUUUUCGAGAAAGCAGUUCACGCAACAAGUGAAUAGCUGUAAGAUAUUGAUUGCGGUGAUGAUCAACAGUCGAAACAUUUAAGAUUGCGUUUCUCAGCUUUCAAGCUGUGCCACAACUAAAUCGAAACCAUGGAGGUGUUAGGAUUUAUCCAGGAGAUGCUACACAGUGUAGCGGAAUACGCAGCCAGCUACCGACUCGGACAAAGUGUGCUCCGUCAGGCCGACAGACUGCUGUGGACCAUAGAGAAGACCGCACGAUGGGCUGUGCCCCCACCCUUGGAUCAAGAUGAACGUCCACAGCCAGAAUUAAUUCGUCCCUUACCCUGGGUGUUCUUCCUGAUGCUGCUUGUUGUACUCAGAGUCACUAGGGAGUCAAUCUCUCUUAUCAACUUGGUAUUGGGCAAACCGCCUUUGAGAUCAGCUGAUGUGGUCACAUAUGUCCAAGGCAAGCGUCGCUACCUUCGAACUCUGAAGUACCAGGGUAGCAGAGCGAUGCGCGCGCGUAGCACCGCGCAGCCGACCUCCUGGUGCAGCAGUGUGCAAUCGCUAUUCGAGUUCACAAUGUGCUUCCGACGUCGACACAACUAUGAUAAUAAUAAUACAACGCGAGUCAGCAACAAUGAUGAAGUCCUGGUGGUGAAACGCAACAAGCAUGGCACACAGGAAGCUAGUCUGGUGGCCUCUACCAGCGAGACGACUAUGGAGAGGCUCAUUGAGAAAAUGAUAGUCGAUCUGCAAGCUGACUCUGAUGAUGACUCCAGCUACACAUUGACCAAUCCAAUGAGCGCAAAAAGCGACCAGUCCGCUGACGAUGCUGAUUCUGAGCAAGAAGAGAUUCAAAAUGACGUCUCCAAUAAGAAUAAACAUCAAAAUGACAGCUGUCAAAGUAAUACGCCAAACAAUGAAAAUAACAUAGACAAGUUGAACCAUAGAGAUUCUGCGACAAACGAGGAUAGAUGUGAAGAGAAUAAUUUAAUGUCAUCAGAAAUGGCGGAAAAGGAUGUAAGUUUUCGAUUACUUCAGAGUGAAAGAAGCAUUCAGCACAAUAAUAAAGAAGAGCUUUCGACGCAUAAGCCUGGUAUGGCGAAUGGUAAGAAAUUGUACACCACACUGAGUUCAGAUAAAGAAUGCCAGAUAAAAUCAUCCAACAAAAGCCCUUGAAAUCCUUGAUGCGGGAAAGAUUUUACAUUUUACUAUGUAAGAGUAAUUUUUUACUAAAUAUUAUUGGGAUUUGGCAACGAUUAAUGGAAUAUUGUGUAGUAACUUCAGAAAUUAACAACAUUAAUGAGCAAAAAAACCUUUUAAAAGACUGUAAAUCAAAUGAUUCUUAAAAAAACACUGAAUUGGAUUUGGU